AUGAAGCCAGGCAGGUGGUCCCGCCAGCAUUUCCACCGUCGUCCUGAGACUGACCGAUUUCCUUGCAGCUUUGGCGAGAUUGUUGGAUACCUUGAACGCCAGUACGACGAUAUUCUUGCUGAAGAAUCACGAAUCAAGCGAAACCCUCGCUUCAGGGACAACCGUGUUCACGUCCUCUUGUAUUUCAUCACACCGACCGGUCACGGCCUGCGUGAAUUGGACAUCGAAUUGAUGAAGCGCCUCUCCCCUCGUGUCAACGUUAUUCCCGUCAUCGGAAAGGCCGACUCCCUCACCCCCGCCGAAUUGGCCGAAUCGAAGAAGCUGAUCAUGGAGGACAUCGAGCACUACCGUAUCCCUGUCUACAACUUCCCCUACGACAUCGAGGAGGAUGACGAGGACACCGUGGAGGAAAAUGCCGAACUACGUGGGCUGAUGCCCUUCGCCAUUGUUGGCUCCGAAGACUUUGUGGAAAUCGACGGUCGGCAAGUACGAGCCCGGCAGUAUCCCUGGGGUGUGGUCGACGUUGAAAACCCUCGGCACUCGGAUUUCUUGGCCAUCCGCAGCGCUCUUCUCCACAGCCACCUGGCCGAUUUGAAGGAAAUCACGCAUGACUUCCUCUACGAGAACUACCGUACCGAGAAGCUUAGCAAGAGCGUGGACGGAGCUGCUCCUAGCACCCAAGAUUCGUCGAUGAACCCCGAAGACCUAGCAAACCAAUCCGUCAGACUGAAGGAGGAACAGCUCCGUCGUGAGGAAGAGAAGCUUCGCGAGAUUGAGCUCAAGGUGCAGCGUGAAAUCGCCGAGAAACGCCAGGAACUGUUGGCUCGCGAGAGCCAGCUGAGGGAGAUCGAGGCCCGCAUGGCGCGUGAAUCCAGCCAGCCGGAAGGCGCCAACGGGGAUGCUUAA